ACAGAUCACAAUGGCAUGCUCAAAAUUUGACUUCGAAGAUGAAAUGAGACUUGUGCUGCUUGGUAAAACUGGUGGAGGAAAAAGCUCUACAGGCAAUUGCAUUCUAAAUGAAAACGCCUUUAGGGUUGAUAUUGGUGGAAGCUCAGUUACUGAAAAAUGUUGCCGCAGGUGCACUUCUCGCUUUGGUAAAUACAUUCACGUUUUGGAUACUCCAGGAAUGUUUGAUACACAAACUCCAAACGACACGGUUUUAAUGGAAAUGUCUAAAUGUAUCGCUAUUACUUCGCCUGGACCACACGCCUUUUUAUUGGUUAUCUCUGUUAGAAACAGGUUUUCACAGGAAGAAAAGGAAACAAUUGAAAAGUUUGUUUCUUAUUUUGGUGAAGAAAUUCUUAAGUAUUUCAUUGUUCUUUUCACUGGUAAAGAUGACUUGAAAAGACAUAAUUUGAGUGAAGAAAUGUACAUAAACAAAGUCCCCGAUUCACUCAAAUACAUUUUGAAAAAGUGCGAUGAUAGGUGUAUAUUUUUUGACAACCUUGCAACUGAGGAAGAGAAGAAUCAACAAGUUCAGCGUUUGAUUGACAUGAUAGAUAGAAACGUACGAAAAAAUGGUUCAUAUUUCUCAAAUGCUGACUACGCAGCAGCUGAAAAAGCUAUUGAGAAGGUAGAAAAAGAUAUCCUAUCUCAGUCAAAAAGAGAAGAACGAGAAUGUCACCAGGGAUUGGACGAGGAGCCCAAUGAACAAAGAAAUGUUCGGGAACAGAUAAGACAACAGAUAGAACAUGAAGAUAAUUGGACUAUAGAGAACAUAAUUAAAGUCGUUAAAGUUGUUGGAGGUAUUUUUAUCCAAGUACUGGAUUUUUAUUACAGUGCAAAAAGAAAAGGUCAUGUCCCGGAUGCUUUAUAG